AUGAACUUGUCGCUUCUGCUGUUCUUGCUGCUGCUGCUGCUGUUCCUGCUGCUGCUGCUGCUGCUGCUGUUCCUGCUGCUGCUGCUGCUGCUGCUGCUCCGGCUGUUGUCCCCGCUGCUGCCGCCGUUCCCUCUAUUGCUCCUGCUGCUGUCCCUGCUGCUGCUACUGCUGCCGCUCCUGCUGCUGCCCCUGCUGCUCCCCCUGCUGCUGCUGCUGCUGCUGCUGCUGCUGCUGCUGCUGCUGCUGCAGCUGGUGCUUGCAAUGCAAGCUGCUGCUUAUGGCUCUGGAACGAACGCGCUGACUUUGGGGCUGGCGGAAGCAGUUUUGAAGUGGCGGCUGAAGUCCCACAGCGAGGAGCAGCAGAAGCAGCAGCACUAA